AUGAUACUGAGAACAGUCCCUGGGGGCAUCGUCCUUUUCCUCCUACUUAGCAGAUCGAUCGUUGCUCAGGACGACGAUUCUUUGGCUGGCAGUUUCUUGUCAGGUUUACUAGACUCGAUCACGAGUACAGCGAACAGUGCAGACUGCCCAGGUGUGUGUGUACACGCAUUCGCAACCUUAAUAUGUUACGAAGUUCUCGAGAAUGUGCAGUGUCCUACUAGUAUGCGAUGUUGCAUCGAGACGCCUAUAAAUGGCACUGGAACUUCUGAAAAUGCUGUCAGUGACGAUGCUCCUAUUUCCACCGUUCUCACCACCGUUAAGACAGUGACGACAGCUACAACCACAACCACACCCUCGACAACUACAGCCCUUACAACUGUAACAUCAACAUCUUCCCCAAAAACUACUUCUGAAAGUCAGAAGGAAACAACGAAUAAAACGUCAACGAAAACGUGUUCCGGAAUUUGUAUGGCAGAAAGAAUCGCCGAUUACUGUGACGCAGUUUUGAUAAUAGACACUCUUUGCAAGCCAGGAUACAAAUGUUGCGUAUCUAGAGACGCGUUUGGGGAUUCCCCUCCGCCGGAGCUAUUAGUAAUCGACCGAACGAAUUCAAGUCGGUUCGACGAAAAGACUGGUGUUAAUACAUCUCAUAAAGGUUCUUCACCUUCUACAACCAUGAGACCAAAUACAAUUAUAUCUUCGAGUGCACCCACAAUUACAUCACCGACGACCAUUACAAUGACAAAACAGCCAAUGAGUACAAUAAGGCCAAAGAUUCCGGUGACAAAUCCGUGCAAGGGUGAAUGCGUUAGUGGAUUUUUCGCUCUUCUCUGCGAUAAAGUGGAUGGAGAUGCUGAAUGCCCUGACGAUGGAUCUUGUUGUGUUAUCGAUGCAUUCUUAAAAACGGAAGUAACAACAACAACUGUCCGGCCAACUAUGAAACCGCCGCAGCCAAAAUUACAACCGUGUCCCGGAUUUUGUCUGUUGAACAUUAUGGCAGCGUUCUGUGAACGACCAAAUCUGAUAGUAGCCAAGACUUCGACCUGUCAGUCUGGAUCUAUUUGUUGCGACAACACGAAAAGCUCGCCGCAGACUUCAAGGCCAAGACCAAGGCCCACAACAAGACCGUCGAUUACUGCAGUUCCAUUACCACCAGACCCACGCCCAGAAUGCCCUGGAUCGUGUAUAGUUUCCUACCUAUCAUUUACUUGUUUUAGAAAUGCUGAACUGACUAAUUUAUUUAAGUGUAAGAAACAAGGACAUCAAUGUUGUGCACCAAAAUCGUUGAUACGAGAAUUCAGCGGUGGAAAUUCUACCGAGCCAAUUUUGAGUAACAGAAAUGACACCAUGUACGUUACAGCAAGACCAUACACAACACCCCUUACAACGGCAAUGUAUGACACGACGACAAUAGCAACAACUACGAGAAGCCCUGUAUACAGUAAAUACGUGUGCGGUGUAAAAGGAACUUCUCGGAGUCCAAUUCAAGUCCGUAGUUUGGAUAGAGGGGCACGCGUUGUUGGAGGAGAAGAUGCAAAUGCCAAUGAAUGGUGUUGGCAGGUUGCUCUAAUUAAUUCUCUUAAUCAAUACCUUUGCGGCGGUGCGCUGAUUGGAACGCAAUGGGUCCUCACAGCAGCCCACUGUGUAACAAACAUUGUGAGAUCUGGAGAUGCAAUUUAUGUGAGGGUAGGCGAUCAUGAUUUGACACGGAAAUAUGGAAGUCCCGGGGCGCAGACCUUGAGAGUGGCAACUACUUAUAUUCAUCAUAAUCAUAAUAGUCAGACUCUUGAUAACGACAUAGCACUGUUAAAACUCCAUGGCCAAGCGGAGCUUAAGGAUGGUGUUUGUCUGGUAUGUCUACCAGCACGGGGGGUUAGUCACACAGCUGGCAAACGAUGUACCGUUACCGGUUAUGGAUAUAUGGGAGAAGCUGGACCUAUCCCGCUUCGAGUACGCGAAGCUGAAAUACCAAUCGUGAGCGAUGCUGAAUGUAUACGAAAAGUGAAUGCUGUGACUGAAAAGAUCUUCAUUUUACCAGCAAGUAGUUUUUGUGCUGGUGGUGAACAAGGCAACGAUGCGUGUCAGGGAGACGGAGGUGGUCCUUUAGUAUGUCAAGAUGAUGGAUUUUAUGAACUGGCCGGACUCGUUUCGUGGGGUUUUGGUUGCGGAAGAUUGGACGUUCCUGGAGUUUAUGUCAAGGUUUCGGCAUUUAUUGGCUGGAUCAACCAAAUUAUUUCAGUAAAUAAUCUUUAG